ACGCACGACUCCUCUCGCUGAUCUCAGGGACUCGUUCGAAGAAAAAAAAAAAAAAGACAAGCCUUCUUCCUCGCCGCCGUCGAGAGCCCAGCCCCGCCGCGAUGGCUCGCACGAAGCACCCGGCCGCGAGGAACACGAGGCAGCACCCGAAGAAGCAGCUCCAGUUCGACCGCCACCCGGGCCGGACGGCGGCCGAGCAGGAGACUGCCGCCGGCCCGAGCACGUCGGCGACACCGAGGCGAGGUGGGCGGAGGGCGGCCGCAGCGGCGGCUCCAGGGGCGCCUGCGCAGCAGAGGGUGAAGAAGCCGCACCGAUUCAAGCCAGGCACGGUCGCGCUGCGGGAGAUCAGGAGGUACCAGAAGUCCACCGAGCUGCUCAUCCCCUUCGCGCCCUUCGUCCGUCUGGUUAGGGAGCUCACUCAGGACGCGUCACUCGAAGUCAACCGCUGGACUCCUCAGGCGCUGCUUGCGUUGCAAGAGGCUGCAGAGUAUCACUUGGUAGACUUAUUUGAAAAGGCAAAUCUCUGCGCCAUCCAUGCAAAGCGUGUUACCCUCAUGCAAAAGGACAUCUAUCUCGCUAGGCGCAUUGGGGGGGGACGAAGGUGGUGAUACCGAUGGAAUAACAUCAUUGUUAGGAAGUAUUGUAGCUGUUUCUUCAUUUAGUUAGCAUGUCGUAGUCAUUUGACCUUUCAGCCUCUGCGCUGGGAUUGUCGUAGUCAUUUUAGAGCUUCCACAAACACUUGAUUUCGUUGUGGAAUUUCAAGCUACUAGUGGAGCAACAGGACGAGGAGAAAAUCAGAAAUGUGUGUACAGACAUUUGAAACCAUAUUUCUAAUCUUAUUAUUUCUCUCGGCCAUGGAGAACGAGCAAA